AUGGCUCUGGCUCUCUGUCAGCUCUGGCUUUCUGUCAGCUCUGGCGCUCUGUCAGCUCUGGCUUUCUGUCAGCUCUGGCGCUCUGUCAGCUCUGGCGCUCUGUCAGCUCUGGCUUUCUGUCAGCUCUGGCGCUCUGACCUCCUCGCUGACCUCUUCGACGCCUCCCUCGUCAGCGCUGACGAUGACCUACUUAGAGCUGGGGGUGUGGGGGAUGUCGCGGGUCCGCCACCCCCCGGGAUGGGGUCAUGUGUGACAGGGUCGGGGCCCGACGGGCGCUACCAGGGGUUCGGGACCGGGGUCCCCAGCGCCCCCUCUCUCGUCAACAAGGUCCGGGGCCUAGUGGACCGCAUGCUGUGGCCCGAGGUGCAGCCCCUCUCCCCCGCGGCCCGGUCCAUCCUCAGCCCGGACCCCGGGAGGUACGCGCCCUACGAGAUACCCUGCACGUACCUCGCCGAGCUCGCCCCCUGCCUGGGUACCACCAUGCCAG